AUGCUGCCCCCCGCGUUGAGUGGCGACACAAAGACAGCAAGUGAUAUACUUGACGAAUGGGGUACCGACGUGUUUGUAACGGAGAUUAAGAAAUGUGGUGAGGUCUUGCAGCGUCAUUGGUGUCGAGCCGUGUGUCAUAAAUAUGGAAAUGACAAUCAAUGCAGGUUCCUUUUCCCUCAUGAGAUCGUUGAAGCCUCGCAUUUUGAUCCUGAGAACAACGCAAUUGUCUUUGUGUGUCGUGAUGCAACGGUGAACUACUUCAAUCCGUACCUCCUUGUUUUUUGCAGACAUAACCAUGAUUUAAAGUGCAUACUGUCCGGAAAGGGAGCAAAGGCUGCAAUGUUUUACAUCUCAGACUACAUUACGAAGAUGGAUGUCAAGACUUAUGAGAUGCUCUCUCUUCUG